AUGAUCUUGAGCUUAUUGAGGAAAAUCACUCAGACAACAUUUGUGAUAAUAUAAGUGCUGAGAAAGGCCACAUGGAUAUUAUUGAAAAUAAUGGUUUGUUUAUUGAAAAUCACCAAGCAGCUGUUCAAGGAAGUUUUGAGAAAGAUUAUCUACUAGAUAUUGAGAAUUAUCAAAUAGCCACUCAAGAUAGCUUUGGAAGUUUUGAGAAAAAUUAUCUAUUAAAUAUUAAAGAUUGCCCAGAUACUACUGAUCAAUACAUUCCCACUACUUCUACAGAAGAAAUUACCAUUAAA